CCCGGCCAAGGGCCCAGCUCACCUGGAGGGUCCCCUGGGCGGAGGCUCUUCUUGGCCACCUCGGCCAGCGCCCCGAAGCCUAGACCCACGGCCAGACCUGCAAGGAGAAGGGCGCUGGGUGCUGGCACGGGGGCCACCCACCGCCCUUCCGUCCACGAGGCCCAGAGCAGCCCCACGGUCACCCGCCUCCGCUCCGACCCUCGCUGACCGCCAGACGAUGCAAAAAGGGAGAAAAAAGAGCUCGCAAACUCCAGAGUCCAGGCCGGACAGGAUGGGCCACGCUCUGGAGGCCACGGGAAGAAGCCAGUCACCCGCGAACAGCCCCCUGGGCCCUCUCAGGAUGUCCUGGUGCCAGGACACGGGCGCUAGGGCCUGUUUUCCCGCCAACCAGCUCCGGACGGCACCGGGCACAGAGCCGAGGGCAGCCAGGGUGCCAAUUAAACAUUAACUCUCCUGCUGCCCGCCCACCUCACCCCUCCCAACACAUUAUCUGACUCCGCAAAGGAAGUGAUAACAAGCAAGGUUAACCUUCAAACUAUAGUGACUUUCACCAAGGUCUCUCUGCAUCUAGAUUUUUCUCUGCCGAGAUCAAGUCCAAAGUCAAGCCCACAAAAGAGGCAGAUGUCUUCAAAGGUUAACCAGCCUGGCCAGUGCUUGCAGGGGUGCCCCCCCCCCUCACCCGGUCAAACUCUUGGCGGCCAUGUCUCCACCGCCGGGCAGGGCCAGAGCACGUUCCACAAAGACAGCCUUAGACUUGCCCCGCGCCGGCCGGAGGUGCUGCCGCGGCCCUGACCUUGGCCUCAGGAGCUCCUGCUCCAGCGAACCAAGAAUAAACCGGCCCCCCCGCACCCCCACCCGGGCUCAGGCGAUGCCCAGAGCCGCGCUGACCGGAGGCGCAAGGCGGGCCAGGCUCUUCAGUGCCCCAGAACCGGGCGGAGGCAAACGGGGGAGGGCAGCCCCUCCAUCUCGGAUGCCCGGAGCCCUGCUAAGCCAGCUCACAGCCUGCGUCACCCCUGACCUCAGUCCCCGCCCCCCGUCGUGCUCCGACCCACACGGCCACAGGCAGCUGCAGAACUGCUCUCGGCCCCGCAUUGGCGACAGGGGCCUCCGUCCUCGCCUGCGAGCAGGCACCAAGGCCUUCCGAGACAGUUGCUGGCGGUUCUGUCGUGAACAGAGGUUCUGCCGUCAAGCGUGGGGGAGGAUGGCAGGGUCCUCCCCAGAGACGGGAGAGCGCUGGGCCGGCUUCCCAGGCCCCCAGUCUGGGCCUGUCCCCGCCAGGUCCCUCCAGAGGUCAUCGGGGCCACCGGGCCGCUGUCCAGACAGCCAUCAGAGGUUAAGAAAAGGAAAAACAAAACACCCUCCAGCCAACGGCCUGGUGAGGGUGCCCCGAGCAGGAAGAGGAAGCAAACGUUCCUUGGGGCUCUGGCUUCACCCGCCAGCAGCCCCGGGUGUGUUCACAGAGCCGGCUCGCAGGGGUUCCUGUGCAGGGGCCGCGGGCAGAGGGGUCUGCGGACAACAGACCGUGUGCCGGGCUGCUCUGAGCCUCGCUUUUGUAACCCUAACGGUCCUUCUGAUCUUAGAAGACAAAGCUACGCGUGGAGGAGGCAGGGGCUCCGAGGGGACCCUGAACCCUCGGGAGUCCCGGCCGCCCUCUCCGCCAUCACUUGCGCCCUCCACCCUGCCUGGCCCGGGGUGGGCGGCAGGAAGGAGCGGAGUCCCCUGGACAGGGUGCCCCCAGGCUGUCAGGAGCUGCCUCCCCACCAUGCCCAGCACCGGCCCGGCCGUGGACGCAGGGGCUGGUCACAGGUCCCCGGGCUCAGAUCGCCAUGUGCGCAGCGGGGCCUCCCCUGCUCAGGUCCCUGCAACGUCACGAACGCACACGUGGCCCCAGGGAGCCAGGCGCUGUGGCCCCACUUGUCAUCAGAACUGGAGAUGACAGUAAGUGCCCUCGCCGUCCUCACAGAGCUCCUGAGGGGCAAGACAGACACACGCACCCCUGGUAACGCACCUCCCGAAAAGCAGAAACCACGGCCCAUAACCCCCACUGAGUGGGCACUGCGGGACGGUUCUGCACGGCUCCUGGCCCAGGCCACCGGACCCCCCUAUCACCAAACUUCUCACUCUGCCUUCUACCCUUCCUCUUGGGAGCAUGUCCUUUGUACAUUAUUAAAAUCUCCUUUAAAAAAAGAUAAAGUGAAAACAGUUGGUGGGAGUGUCUUUUGUUUUAAACGUGCUUACUUAACAAAAUCAGAAAACAACCAAAUAUGCCUGUUCCCCCAACGUGUGUUUGUUCACCAGCAGGAGGGGACACAGGAGCUCGCUCUCCAGAGCGCGCCGGGCCCGCGUCCCCAUGUGUCAGAACCACAGCAGCCAUCGCUUUGGUCUUCUGCCCAAGCGACCUUCUCUUCCAACAGACAGGACACUCUUUCGUGGCCACACCUCUCUUUUUUCAGUAUGUUGUUUUCUAACACGUGGCCCAGUGUUCUAACGGCAAGAGAGUCCUGCA